AUGGUGCUGAGCUCCCUCACCCUGCCCGCAUGGAUUGGGGGUAUCCGAGCAGGCUCCAUCGCAUCCUGUGGGAACCAUGUGAAGUCCAGCUGCUGCUGGAUUGCAUUCAAUGCUGAGGCAGCAGGUGUGUUGGGCAUUGUGCCGCUGGAGUGCGAGGAUGGGGGCAAGAGGACCGUGUCCCAGCUCUGCUGCCACUCAGACGUGGUCACAGACUUUGACUUCUCACCCUUCGAUCAGCUCCUGCUGGCCACAGGCUCUGCUGAUGAGAUGGUGAAGGUGUGGCGCCUGCCCGAGAGUGGCCAGGACAUGCCCAGUGGUGCGGGGCUGACCCUGGGGCCUGGGGGGGGCCCAGUGGACGUGCUGCAGUUCCACCCCACAGCUGAUGGAGUCCUGGCCAGCGGCGCAGGGAAGGGAGUCACCGUCUGGGACGUGGGGCAGCAGCAGCCCCUGACAGCCCUGGACUCCCACGGGGACCAGCUGCAGAGCCUGACCUGGAAGCGAGAUGGCCACCUCCUUGGCACCUCCUGCAAGGACAAGAAACUGCGGAUCUUUGACCCCCGAGCCAGCCCAGCUGCCUCCCAGAGUGUCCCGGGACACGAGAACAACAAGGACUCCCGGCUGCUCUGGAUGGGCUCCAGUGAUUGCCUCAUCUCCAUCGGGUUCAGCCAGAUGCGGGAGCGGGAGGUGAAGCUGUGGGACACGCGGCGAUUCAGCGGAGCGAUGCUCACCAUGGCACUGGACACCUCGCCUGGGGUGACCAUCCCACUGUAUGACGCCGACACGGGGCUGCUGGUGUUGGCAGGGAAGGGAGAAAACCUCCUGUACUGCUUUGAGGUGACCCCCACGCAGCCAGCGCUCACCCAGGUGACCCAGUGCCGGACAGAGGGCAGCACGCGGGGCCUGGCGGCCGUGCCACGCCGGGCCCUGGACGUCAUGGCCUGCGAGGUGCUCCGUGUCCUGCAGCUCACCGACACCGCCCUCGUCCCUGUCAGCUACGUGGUGCCACGCAAGUCUGUCCAAGACUUUCAUGAGGAUCUGUUCCCUGACUGCACUGGGACCCUGCCAGCCACCAAUGCCCAAGCCUGGUGGGCAGGCAACAACCAGCAGGUCAGUGUCACCCAGGGGUGUGUCCUUGCUGGUGGCAUUGCCACUGCCCCAUGCCCACCACUGUGCCUGGUGCAGGUGGGGAGGGUGAGCCUGCACCCCGCACGGAGAUCCACGGAGACCUUCACCUCCCCUGUCAUCGCCUUCACCCACCACACCAAUGCCGGCCACACCAACACCGACAUCGGCCACACCGACAUCGGUCACACCGACACCAACAUCGGCCACACCGACACCGACAUCAGCCACACCGACACCGACCGGAGCGAGGCCAGUGGCUACUCCUCGCCAUCCUCGCUGGCCUCGCCAGGCAGUGCAGCCACCUCGCUCUCAGCCAGCACCGGCCCCUCCAGCGGCUUCGCCAGCAGCCCCAGCCAGAAGUCCCUGCAGAGCAUUUUGGGGCCCAGCUCCCGCUUCCGGCACGCGCAGGGCCGGGUGCUGCACCGCGACUCCCACCUCACCAACCUGCGGGGGCUCAGCCUCACCACGCCGGGCGAGUGCGACGGCUUCUGUGCCAACCACCAGCGCGUCGCCCUGCCCCUGCUCACCGCCGGCGGCCAGAUUGCCGUGCUCGAGCUUUCCAAGCCCGGCCGCCUCCCCGACACAGCCGUGCCCACCAUCCAGAACAGCGUGGCAGUGGCCGACCUCUCCUGGGACCCCUUCAACCCGCGGCGCCUCGCUGUGGCCGGUGAAGAUGCCAAGAUCCGGCUGUGGCGGAUCCCUGAGGGAGGGCUGCAGGAGACACUGCAGGAGCCUGAAGCCAUUCUCCAAGGUCACACAGAGAAGAUUUACUCCAUCCGCUUCCACCCCGUGGCAUCCGAUCUCCUGGUUUCCUCCUCCUACGACAUGACCGUGCGGAUCUGGGAUCUGAGCGCCGAGCAGGAAGUCUUGUGCCUGCAGGGACACACAGAUCAGAUCUUCAGCAUGGCUUGGAGCCCAGAUGGGAAGAAGCUGGCGACAGUGAGCAAAGACGGACGGAUACGGCUCUACGAGCCACGGUGCAGCCCUCGGCCUCAACAGGAGGGUCCAGGUCCCGAGGGGGGACGCGGAGCACGCCUGGUUUGGGUUUGCGGUGGCGACUACCUCCUGGUGUCCGGCUUUGAUAGCCGCAGUGAGAGGAGGAUCCUCCUGUACCGGGCACAGGCUCUGCCUGAGGGACCCUUGUCCGUCCUUGGGCUCGAUGUGGCCCCCUCCACCCUCCUGCCCUUCUACGAUGAGGAUACCAGUGUUGUCUUCCUCACCGGCAAGGGUGACACCAGAGUCUUUCUCUAUGAGGUGACUCCUGAGCCCCCCUAUUUCCUUGAGUGCAACAGCUUCACCUCCAACGAACCCCACAAGGGCUUUGUCUUCCUGCCCAAAACGAUGUGUGAGGUGCGGGAGGUGGAGUUCGCCCGUGCGCUGCGCCUGGGGCAGAGCACCCUGGAGCCCGUGGCUUUCCACGUGCCACGUGUCAAGAAGGAGUAUUUCCAGGACGACCUCUUCCCUCCGACCCGCGUCUGGUGGGAGCCGGCCCUGGGUGCCGGUGCGUGGCUGGCGGGGCAGGACGGGCAGCAGCGCCGUGCCAGCCUGUGCCCGGCCGGCAUGGUGCCAGUGAGCGAGGCCCCGAAAGAGGCUCCGGCUCGGAAGUUCGUCCCUGCAUCCGUGUACCUGGAGGAGAAGUCGGACGAGCAGAAGAAGGAGGAGCUCCUGAGUGCCAUGGUGGCCCGGCUGGGCAACCGAGAUGACCCGCUGCCCCAGGACUCCUUCGAGGGGGUGGAUGAGGACGAGUGGGACUAGGCUGGACCCGGCACCCC